UCGUAAGGGGUUUCUGAUAGGGAAGUGCAUGGGGACGUUGACGUGUCGAACGACGGGCGGCGCACGGGUACAGAAGUGGUACGGCAUUCAACAUUGGGCCAAUAAAUUCCCUCACGGGCGGCAAAUAGAACAUCCUGCGUGAGAAAAUAAAAACAGUCUUAAACGUGUGACUGUGUUUGUGAUUUGGUGGAGCACGAACACAGGCUGUUCACCGAAUGCCCCUUUUCGCGCGUGCCGUCUUCUUGCAGUCGAGCCUCCCUAGUUCGGCAUUGAUCCACGAGAGUACGCCCGCGAAAUUUGCUUGUCUUCUCGAUAGGACUUUCCUCACAGCCUCCAGGGCCAGCCUGCGCGCGUUUGUUCGGGUCAGCUGGGUGUUCCGUGGGAUGGACCGGCGGAAGCUAAAGGGCUAUGCUACGUACCAUGUGACCUGCGUCUUCUCGACGACACAGGCGUACCCCGGGUAUUUCUCCCGUCUGGCCUUGCUGGUGAGAAGGACGAUGGCGAUGUUGAUGAUUUUGGCUACGGUCUCUGGAUAUGACGUGAGCGGGAUAAGAGAAAUGUUGAAGGGACGGGGGCUUACGCAUGAUCAAUCCCUUGCCAGGCCGUUUCCUCGCGGGCAAGCACCGCCAGUAAGCCCACAUCUUCUCGGCCGUUUCCACAAAGGCCUUGUGAAGGUUUGACGUGACGGUCUCAAGGGUGUUGUGUUUGGUGUCGUAGAACAUUAGGUGAGAUUGAAUCUUAAAGGCGUCUGCAUAAAUGUCAGCCAAGGCACGAUGGAGACACUCGAGCCAGCGUUGCA